ACAGCGCUCCUCCCUCAACCGCCACCUCACCCUCUCGAUGCAUGAUAGCGGCUCUUCCUGAGGACUGAACUUCUGUCUGUACCAGACCUGACGAAAAUCACGCUGCUUGUUGAUCAGUCGGACCUUAUUGGGUACACUGCUCCCGUCAAAAGUCCAUGCGACACGAUAGCUGAAACGCACUCAUGUCGACCACGUCGAACGCUGCUGGGGCCCCGCCCACCCCAAAUCCUCGAGUUCCGGAAUCCUUCAUGGAUAUUCCCUCUCAACGAUUGUAUGCGCUUAGUAUGGGUGCUCUUUUGCAGGCAAUCAAAGUCUUCGAUUUUUUUCAAUAUAUAUUUAACAUUAACGACAAUCAAGGUUCCUACGGUAGGAAGUGGAUGCUUGUUGAUUUCAUGUUCUGCACAGUUCUCGCAUACCUUCGCAUACCACGGCUCAGAUACAGCCUAUCCGUGGUCGCGCUCCAAAUCCUUUGUCUAUGGCUACUUGAUGGGUUUCUCUUUGGGGCGAUCACGAUAAAUAUCGGAAGUGGAGGGCGGCCUUGGAUGAGUGUACCAGCUAUGGGCUUCCUGAAUCGCGGACAAAUCACAUUUACCCCUCCUCCAUCUGUGCUAUGGGACUUGCUGCCAACCUUUGGCCUGGGCGUGUUGAUUAGUUCUGCGGGAAAGGAUCAGCAUUUGCUCGGACAGCAUACAGUCCGCAUGUCUCCGAUUAGUACCGCGCGCCUCAACCCAUACGGAGGUACCUUCUGUCUUGCCGCACCGGGGCAAAGCGUGCUAGUUCCUAUCCUCCUCAACAACACCUCCCCCACGACCGUGCAGUACUCGUUAACGCCUCUGGGUUACGCGGCGGAAGAACGGAGCAAGUCCAGUGUCGGCAAGAUUGAGACUUUCGAGCUCAAUGCCAAAGACUUGAGGACCAUCGAAAACGCUCGACUUGAUUCUCUCCAUGUAGCCCGCACAGCGGUGUCGAGAGACGACUCGGACGAUUACGACGAGUACGAUGAUGAGGAUGAUGAUGAGGAAGUUGCCGGUUCUCGAAAAUCUUCACUGCAGAAGACGCAGACCUUGGCAUACCUCCGAAUCAACAAGCCUGGCAGACUACGCCUUGGGCGAGUCUUGGAUCAAUCCAACGUUGAUGCUCGGUUGGUCUACCCGAACGAGGUCACGAUUGUCCCGUGCCCCCGCGCGGAAUUUGCACUCAGCAGCGUCAGCCGGGAGGAAGACAUUCGCUGCGCAGUCCCCGGAAUGAGAACUGGUGUCGGCGAGGAGCUCAGCCUGGAGAUCGACAUCUAUGGCGUACCUCCACUCAGCUUGCGCUGGCACAAGGAAAUAGGUGGAAGAAGGGAGUCAUUCAUGGUAGAGGGAAUUGAAAGUUCAGGACAUGCACAUGAGCACUUGGUCGACGAUGGACGAGCCUCGUCCAGUACGAUGGGUAGUAGGGCUCCUGUUGCGCUCAAGAUCCCCCUCAUAGUAUCCCUGGAUACUCUUGGCAUGCAUUCCUAUGUCCUGGAAUCUAUAACGGAUGCGAUUGGCAACGUCGUUCCGGCUGGUGCUGCUCCGAACGGAACGUCAUCUACGAACGCUCUUCGAAGAAUCGGAUCCACUAUCGAAACGGAGCAUCAACCACACGGUUUUGUCGAUCCCAGGACUCAUCGUAUAGUAAGGGUCGUUCGACGCCCCAGCGUAUAUUUCCAAGGCUGUGGCCCUGGAACUCCAACAUCUUUGCUUAUUGGUUCCGAAGCGCAAUUGAGGAUUGUAACCAAAGAUGCGGAUCUACUAGAUUCUCCCUGGGACAUUGGGCUCGAAUACCGUCCACCCACGCCAGAUGAAGAUACGAGAGGGAAGCGAUACAAAGGCUGGAUGAAGCGCUUCCAGACCACGGAGAAUAAAAAGGAGCUGACUGUGACUGCUGCUGCUCCAGGAGACUAUAGGAUCCUCAGUGUUCAGGGAAGGUAUUGUGAGGGUGAUAUUCUAAGUCCGGAUACCUGCAAGGUCAUCGAGCGGCCCCUCCCGACUGCCGAAAUUGAGUGGAAGAAGAUACACGAAUGUUCUGGCGACACUGGUGUCUUAGCAUCUCUCGUGAUGCACGGAACACCACCUUUCGUAGUUUACUAUAGCAUGCAACGCGACAAAGAACAACCUCACGAGUUCACUAAAACUUUUAUGAACUCUCGAGGCGAGUUCACUAUCCAGCCCGAGCGUAGCGGACAUUACGUGUUCAAGUUCACCCGAUUGAGCGACUCCAACUAUCAGCAGGUUCCACUCAAAGGCCCAAGCAUUGAUCAGGUUGUGCAUCCUCCAGCAUCUGCUGAGUUCGCAGACAGCGUUCCUGGCGGAAGGGGAAAGCGAAGGAUCAACAGUUGCUCUGGUAGCACAGUGGAUGUGGAUGUCGAUCUUCGAGGAACAGGUCCUUGGAACUUGGAAAUCCAGGUGGUGGGACCCAAAGGUUCCGAGAUUGUUCGGGUGCCAGGCAUCACGACAGCAAGGAAGACGAUUACGGUUCCCAUACCCAAAGUGGUCGACCGAAACGGAGGAACGUUUGAAAUUGACCUAGCAAGCAUUGAAGAUGCAUAUGGGUGCAAGCGUCCUCUUUCUGGUUCCGGUAUUGUCGUCAAUGUCCGAAGAGUGCAGCCGACAGCUCGCUUCUAUGGCAAACUGACUGAUCGCCAUGUCACCAUCCUCGAUGACGAACAAGCCGCUCUACCUCUUCGAUUGACCGGUGACGGGCCAUGGCGUCUCAGAUAUAGACGUAUCGAGGACCUUGAAAAGGUGUACACGGCAUGGCUUUCGACUCCUAAUGAUGAGCUUCGGGUUAGGGACAAGGGUAUCUAUGAGAUCUUGGAGAUUUCAGACUCGCAAUGCCCGGGAUCAGUUAUAACUGAAGAGGCUACUUACAGGGUAGAUCAUGUCCCGCGGCCUUCGGCUAGGUUGUCUCCCGAGAUUCAAUCCAUAUACCAACCUCAUAACGGGUCGCAUAUAUUACCACCGAUAUGUGAGGGCAUCAGCGAUCAUGUCGACUUGGACCUCACAGGCCGACCGCCUUUCCAGAUCAUGUACAACAUAGCGAAAGAUGUUGGCGCUCGGCAAACGAGCAUCAUCGACCAACCUACAGUCAGCAGCAUCCAGCCGCGGACCAGCUUUCAACUCCACACGAGCGAGGCCGCUAGGAUUUAUUAUGAGGUCAAACAAAUUGGAGACGCCGCAUAUCCUCUUUCCAAGAACAAAGACGCCGUCAUUCCUCGUUCCGAGCGUCUGCUCUUUGAGCAAGAGGUGUUGAGGAGGCCUUCCGCGCGGUGGAAGAAUCAACAACGUCUAUCCUACUGUUUCAAUGACACUCUCCUACCUCGUGACAACAUCGGCCCCGAUGGCCUGAUCGUGCUAGAGGGCACUGCUCCGUUCAAUAUUCAGCUAUCGAUACGCAAUCUAGCCACCAGCGAAACCCAUGUAGAGACGGUUGAAGCACGCGACAUGAUAUGGAAGCUCAAUAUGCCAUCAUACACCUUCAAAUCGACUGGGCCUCACCUCAUCAUCAUCGAAUCUGUGCAGGAUGCGUCGCAUUGCGAGCAGGCAACACCAGACCCCCAGUAUAGGUCGAUAUGGAUAGAUGUUGCGGAAACUGCCGCAAUUGUGCCGUUUGACAGUAGGGUAGACUUUUGCGUUGGGGAUCCCAUCCAAUUCCAGUUGGAGGGCACCCCACCAUGGACGAUCGGGUAUAGCAUCAAUGGAAAAUCGUACACUCAAGAAGCCAGGAAGUCACCAUUCUCCAUCGGGCAGCAGCAACCUGGUGAAUUCAUCAUCACCUCCAUUGCGCAUCAGCAGAAGAUGUGCAAGGCGGCGGUGACCGACUUGCGAUACACCGUGCAUGAUCUGCCGGCCGCUCGUGUCGGACAAGGGAAGAGAAUCGUCCAGGAUAUUCACGAGGGGGACCAAGCAGAAAUCAUUUUCACGUUGAUCGGAGAACCUCCAUUUACGUUCACGUAUCAGCGAGCCGAACUGAACCCAAGAAAAGGCUCACAGCCAAAGGUGCUCGAGACGCAUACAGUCUCAGGAGUCACGACUCAGGAGUACUCGAUAUUCUCUGCAUUGGAAGGUACAUGGACUGUUACGUUCAUCGCCGAUCGCUACUGCAGAUAUCCACCGGUACCGCCGGAUGGGCUCGAAAAGUUGCGAUGAGAUUGGUAUAUUUACAUUGGUGGAUAUAAGCUUGGAACCCACAUCUUUCCUCUCAUUUUUGUCGUCUCCAGUGCCAUAAACGAUCGUCACAAGUGUAGUUCUAAUUUAUGAUGUCGUCAUUCCCGAGGAUGAUUGGAACUUGGUAGCUUAGUUCUCAGUA